CUGAGAAACGUUUCUGAGGAACCAGCAAGGAAACAAUUAACCGCGGCUAUACGGACAACGUCGGUUUCACGCUUGGAAACUGUUCUCAAGUUUCUAUACGUAUAGCCUAGAGAGUACGCAAGAAUGGUCCACACGACCACAAGCUGAAGUUCAUCGCAUGACAAAAGCCCCUUGGGACUGCCGUGCCAGAGCAAAAAUCAAGGACGGCUGCCAUGUCUCACAGACAAUCCCAGGAUUCCAUGGGGGACCAGUCUCCUCUCCUUCUGGAUAGUAUGUUCACACAGCUCCAUGUAGACCAUGGGCGUGGGCGCUCGGUUUCUAACACGGACCUCUCUGCACCAGAGCCCCCCGAGAAGACCAGGCAGGCUCCCAUAGUGCUGAGCACCCAGAGCAUUGCCGCUCGAAAGCUGGGCACUCAGCAGCUCAUCCCCCGGAACCUGGCCAUGUCCAGCCGGCCAAAGAACCGCCACCACACGACGGUGGUCACCCUGCCCGUCUCUCUGGAAGCCCAGAAGAGCGCCCAGCGCUUAAACCGUGACCUAUCGUGGGAGGACUAUGACAGUGAUGGUGACAGCUUUUCCCUGCGGAGGAACCAGAGGAACAAAUCAUACCGGGCAGCCAUUACCAGCCUGGACAGCGAUCUCAUGUGGAAACAGGACCUGCUACAGCCAGUCAGUGAAGAGAGGGCCCCCAGCCCAAAGCCAACUUCCAGUCCAGGACGCAAGAGAACUUUGGGUAGAAAGAGGAACAAGAGACAUGGAGGUUCCUUUAAAGACGAUCCUUGCUUCUACCAGGAGAUCAAAGAGAGGGGUCUCCAAUCCAACCAUCUGGGUGCCGAUGACGAGGAUGCCUUCCAAGCAGGUAUGCCAGAAGAGGACCAGGGCAUCGUGGUGAAGAACUACAGAGCAGCGCACCAGACUUGGAGUCAGCUGCCUCAGGUGCAAGAGAGUGGCAUUUUGGAGACCAUGUCUCCAGAAGAACGCAAGAGACAAGAGGCCAUUUUCGAACUCAUGACAUCUGAGUACUCGUACCAGCACAGCUUGAGCAUACUGGUGCGUCAUUUCAAAGACAGCGACACGCUGAGGAAGACCAUGACCACAAUUGAACACCAUCACCUCUUCUCCAACAUCUCCGUCAUCCAGCUAGUCAGCAAGCGCUUUUUUGAGGACCUCGAGAGGCGUCACCAGAAAGACCCUGUCAUUCAAGAUAUCAGUGACAUAGUGCAGGACCACGCUACAAACCGCUUUGAUCCGUACAUCGUGUACUGCUCCAAUGAAACCUUCCAGCAGAGGACGCUGCAGAAGCUACUUGCAACUAACACUGCCUUUAAGGAGGUGCUGAAGAAGAUCGAGACCAGUCCUGAAUGCGGUGGGUUGCCCAUGAUCUCAUUCCUCAUUCUGCCCAUGCAGAGAGUCACCCGCCUGCCCUUGCUCAUGGAUACUAUCUGCCAGAAGACUGUCAAGCAGACGUCUGAAUACUACGCAGCUCGCUGGGCACUAAAAGCCAUCAGCAAGCUGGUGAAGAGCUGUAAUGAUGGAGCCCGGAGAAUGGAGCACACUGAACAGAUGUACACCAUCCAGAAACAGAUGGAGUUCGGGAAAAUCAAGCCAUUCCCAUUAGUCUCAUCUUCCCGCCGGCUGUUGAAGAGAGGUGAGCUGACCGUCUGCAUGGAGGAGCACAGUAUCUUCAGGAAGGCCUUCAGCCAGAAGAGCUACUACCUCUUCCUGUUCAACGAUGUACUCAUUGUGACUAGGAAGAAAAGUGAAGAAAGCUACGUGGUGUUGGACUACGCCACUCUGGAGAACGUGGAGGUAGAGGACGAGCAGGCCGACUUGAAGCUCCACCUGCGGCUUGUGACGAAGCCCAACAGUGAGGGGCGCUGUGAACAGAUGGUACUCAUAGCCGAAAACAAGCUAGACAGAGCACGUUGGUUCACUGCUCUGCACAGGCACAAGGAAGGGGGGAAUAGCUGCAACAUCGAUGAUGAUCUGCCUCAGUAUGAGGCCACCAAAGCCUAUAUGCCCAAAGAGCCCGAUGAGCUGAGUCUCCAGCAGGCUGAAGUGGUCAUCGUCCUGCAGGAGGCAGAGGGUUGGUACUAUGGAGACAGGAUGAGGGAUGGUGAAACAGGCUGGUUUCCAGCCAGCUGUGCCAAGCAGAUCACCAACCGCAUUGCCAUAGAAUCCAACAUUCAGCGCAUGCAGCGCCUACGCAAGGAGACCAAUGUCUGAGCACAGCAUGAGACUACACCUUACCAAAGACCAUCUGCUCUUGGCUACAUCAGAAAGAUCAUUUUUGUAUAGAUUGUAUGUGAUUGUUUAGUGUGAAUUAACUAGUUAACUUAGUGUGAAACACCAAAGGAAUUCUCCAACUUGGGGGAAACUUCUCAACCAUGAAAGUACACCAAAAGAAACUUCGUCUUUGACUUUUAUUUUGAGCUUGCCUUUUGUUAAAAUUCAUGUCUGGAUACAUAAAAAGUUAUUUAAAAAUGUCAAACGACCAGAUAUCAAAUUACUUCUUUUAAAAACCAUUUGGUGUAAAAACUUAAAACCGAUUUAGAAAAACAUCUGCUGUUUCCCCAAAACUUUUAGCUGUCACAUAAAAAUAAUG